UCAAGGUGAGGAAGAGGUUGCCGAGCCGUCCAGUCUGCUAGUCGCUGCUGGACCGGCAGCAAGUCAUGUCGAACACGACGGCGGUGGUGGUGCUGGCCCUGGCCGCGCUGCUGGUGACCUGCGGCGCGCGCCAGACUGCAGUCCAGCCUGCUGCAGAGACGGUCGUCGGUUGCGAGGUGGACGGACACCACUUCGGCGUCGGCGAGGUCUUCAACACGGGCCCGGAGUCCUGCAACACCUACACCUGCCACGACCACGGCGCCGUCGGCGCCCUCACGUGCGGCUACUUCUCGGCCGGCGAGGGAUGCGAGAUCGUGCCCGGCCGCUCGGACCCGGACGCAGUGUACCCCCACUGCUGCCCCUCGGAAAUGUGCAACGACAACAUCAUCAAUGUGGACUGAGCGAGCCAGUCAACAGCUAUUAGUGUCCUGCUUAUUCAGCCUGCUCGCUGCAAACCCACCGUCACGUUCGAAACGGCCGUUGGCAACGGUCUGUGAGAGGGGCGGGGGAAGGGCGGAGCAAGACAGCCACUGAUGGAGCAGUUUUGUUUUUAAAAAAUUACAGGAAUAUAAUACUUAAGGAGACUGGUGAAAUAUAUUCCUGAGUCGUA